UUAGCUGCAAGGGAUGCAGUUGUACUUGUAAGAUAAGAAAGCAAGCUAUAUUUUACAGACAAAAAACUGAAAAUUGAAAGGAAAAUGUCAAAUUUGGUCUCUAGUAUGUGUAAUUUUUUUUUAUGGUACUUUCAAUCAAUCAUGCAGUCUGGAGGACCAGCAUGGGAUGUCCCAAAAGGAAGAAAGGAUGGGAGAACAUCAAAGGCAAGUGAAACAAGACAACUGCCAGCUCCAACUUUUAACAUCUCUCAGUUGCAACAAAGCUUCUCCCAAAGAGGUUUAUCCAUGGAUGACCUAGUAGCUCUUUCAGGAGGGCAUACUCUAGGAUUUUCCCACUGUUCAUCCUUCCAAAAUAGAAUCCAAAAUUUCAAUGCCACUCAUGAUAUAGACCCCACCAUGAAUCCCUCAUUUGCAGCAAGCUUAAGGAGUGUUUGCCCAAAAAACAAUGGUAAGAACGCAGGUUCCCCCAUGGAUCCUUCUUCAACGACCUUCGAUAACACAUAUUUCAAGUUGAUCCUCCAAGGGAAAACCUUAUUCUCUUCAGACCAAGCUCUGCUCACAAGUACAGUGACUAAAGAUUUGGUUUCAAAGUUUGCUAGCUCAAAAGACACCUUCUCUAAGGCAUUUGUGAAAUCCAUGAUCAAAAUGAGUAGCAUCACUGGAGGCCAGGAGGUUAGAAAGGACUGUAGGGUGGUAAAUUAAGAAUCUCUUUGCUUAAUUCUAGUCAAUCUAAACUACGAGAGAUGGGUGAUCAUGACAUGAUUACUAUCCUUUAUUUGGAUAGGAAACAAGAAAUUUGUAUUGCUAAUAUCAUCUAUGGAUAAGUAUUUUGUAUUAGAUUGUAAUAAAACUGAAACAUAGCAAUA